AUGACGCACACCCAACGGCGCGACUUUGUCUGUCCCGGAUGCAAUCGAGCCUUCUCACGAAACGACAGCAUGGCUCGUCACUUGCGUCGAAAGCAUCCUCAUCUCUACCGCUCACCCGAGACUUCUUCCUCCGCUGCUGCAGGCACCGGGCAGACCUACAUCGGUGCUGCCUCAGCCGAUGCGAGCACGUCAACUGCGACGGCCACUUUCGCCACGGGUGGCCACGGCAUAUUGGCUCUCCGAUCGCCGUUUGGCAGCUCCUUCUAUAGCAACAGCGGUAAUGCUCAGCGUCGAGCUGACGACCACCGUACCUUUCCAGACUCGCUCGGACGGCAGUCAUCGUAUUCCAUCCCUUACGAUCAAGAAGCUGUUCCCCGUUCUCCAAGAUCGAAUGCCUCGGCCCAGUGGCGUGAUGACUCUAGAGGCCCAGAUGGUCCCGCUCCUCCGCAUGCCGUAGCGUCUACACAGGAUGAAGGCAUGCGCCCCCACGAAAGCAGGCCGAAUUACCCCAUGAAGCUAGAGCAACCUUGCCGGACUUCCCACGGCGCGCCGUCGUUUGGGUCGAGUGCAUUCGAUCUGGUCGGUCGCUCUGGUCUCAUCAAAGAGGCCUCAAACGAACAAAUCAUAUCUGUGUACGGGUCUGACUGGACGGGAACAGCAAAUUUCGACCACACCGGAAGUGAUCAGGCCGGGACCUCAUCGCAAUUUCCCUGGGAGCACCAGGAAGGUCAUGCACCUUACCUUCAACACACCCAGCACACAGGCUGGCAGGCUCCGCAGGCAAGCUCAUACGAACACACUAUCCCCACACCCCAGCUGAGUCGACGUGAAGCUGUCCGAAGCGGCUACAACGACAACGUGCCAUCGGAAGUGCCGUGUUUCGCUCACCAGGUUGCAGACUUUCAAGCUCAGACAGAUAUCGCCCAGUCUGAAUUUUUCGUCGGGACGAUGCCGUCGAGAACCGACCCUACUUGCUGGGCAAGUCUCGAUCCUUCGAUGCUCACGACGCAGGAUGCCGAGCGUGUGCUGAUUGAAUCAGCACUCGAUUCAGGUCAACUUUGUCCCGACAUCUCGCUUGCGGCGGCAAAUCCCAGCGUGUCACCUUCCGAUGCCUCGGCGACGAUCGCCGGAACCUACCUUCCAAUCGAAUUCCGCAACAUGAGACAGCAGGCUGCUCCCGUCGACCCACCAAAUGCUCAGCAAGUCGAACGAAUCAUGGCAGAUCUCGGCAUCGACCUUGGUUCCAACCAAGCAUCAGCAAUCAACACUGCGCACGACUACUCUUCGCAGUCGUCGUCCGCACGCCAUGAGCAUAUGUUGACCGCCACUCCUCUCAUCCCAUCGCAGACAGCGGUAUCUGCCCCUUGGACCGCGGAACGCUUUGUUCCAUCCGGUCCAUCGCUUCACCCGCACCACCUUUCCCAAAAUCAGUCCUCGCAAAGCUCUGCUUACCUCCCAUCGCUGACCGCCUCUCAGAACGAGUACCUCGGUCCGAACGCUUCAUCGCACCGCAGGACGAUGGAUCGCACUUGGAGCUCGGCAUCCGUGGCUUUCGACGCCGCUUCACAGACUCGUGCUUCUCAACUCGACUCUCAAGGCUUUGGUAGCGAGCUUGAUGACAGCCUUGGCUGCCAACCAGAGGUCAAGGCGGCGAAAUCGGACGUGACAGCCACGUCUGCCUUAAAGGACCCAAAUUUCAACAAGCCUGAUGAUUCGAACCCUUCGCAGAGGGCUGAUAAGGUCGAAGAGGGCGGAAAGAGGUCUUUUCGUGACGAUACCGAUUGGGGCCAAGUAACCUCGGUGCCUCGCGAGUGCUGUCCCAGUCACUCCAAAUCGCCGGACGCGAUCAUGACUGUAUGGCAGAUGGAUGGGAACAGUCGGAGCGACUCGUCUGUGCCUUCCAACAUCGCACUAGACCAUGCCGCGAGCUCGAUGGGGCCUCCUCGCCGUGAUCGUGUUUCUUUCGCAGAGGCGGCUGUUGACCCAUUUGAUCCGGACAAGAUGGAGAUCGACGAAGCCUCCUUGCCAGCGAGCGGUCAACAGCAAGACGACCCUGCACUCGACUCGACGUCGGCUGUCAGCGGCGAUCAACUCAAGCUAGUCGUGGAACGAUUCCGUGCAUUUGCGCAGCUUUGCCAGGAUCACCUGCGGCCAUCCUCCGAGAUGCUUCAAAGCUCGGCUCCCUAUAUUCCCCAAGUCAUUCGCGCCGAUGCUCCUUUCUAUCAUCCGAUGAUGCUCGGCGCUCAAAAGACACACAGCUUGGAAGAAGCGUUCGCGCUUCUGUCGCUAGCGUCCCUGCAGAGCAACGAUUCAAACGUGAAGGAGGAAGCACAUCGCUUGAUGUACUUCUUAUAUGGCCUGGUGAUGCUUUCAUACAGGCACACCUUUCAUCUUGGCGGGAAGCUGCAGUCAUUCUUAAACUGUGUUCUCCUCGUCGAAAUGUACGGCUUGCGUCAGUCCUCUCCUGAUCUGUGGCACAAGCUCGAGCAGAAUCGCGAAUCGAUUCUUCUAGACGUGCUGAGGGUGCACACGCAGUCUUCAGCACUCGAUGCUGCCAUGGAUCAGAUCGAGCCAAACUCGCUCGACAAGUUGCGAGAAGAGGAGCUCUCACAGCUGUGGACGCGAUGGUACGGGCAUGAGAGUUGGAAGCGGACGCUUCUUCUCUGCGCAAUCCACGACUCGCAAGCUUCGUCCUUCUUCUCGCCGUUCAAAAUCGACCUUUCCGCACGUCCCGACGGUCCGCGUUGCCAAUUCCUCUUUGCUCACGUACACGAACCAUGCACAGAUACGCUAUUCUUUGCUUGGCCUCCAACAGCUUGGGCGAAUCGGCUGGUCGCAAGCACCUCGCUGCCUCAGUCCAAGAGUGCUGGCGCUGCAUUCAGAGACGGCAAGCCUGUCUCGAUCGCAGCUUGUCUCACAGAGCAUCUACUUCGGCCUCACGUUGCUCACCAGUCCAGCAGCACAGCUACACCACGCUUUCGUAGCUCUUUCGAUUUUGGCCCAAGUAGGGUCGAUGCUCAGAGCUCGAAGCACUCGACCUCUGUUACUGACGGGGAUAUUCGCGCAAGUUCGGCCAGUGCGGGUCCUUCUGUGGAGAUCGAGGAUGACUUGGGCGUGUCAGCUCGCUCGAGCCGGCGCGAGUCUCACGCGGGCCCACAGGAUGCAACCUGCGAAGGGCGAAAUGCGCAUUCGGCCGCCCGUGUAGUGUCGCAGCUGUACAUGUCGGCACUGUUGGAGUCCGUACACGGAGCCUGGAUGGCGGAUAGCGGAUGGUAUCAAACACCAGCAUGGGGCGCGUCGGCAUUGUCAGAGCAGCUCGGGAUCGAUGCCGACGAUUUCGACAUUGAAAAUUCAAGCUUGGCCGACCUUCCCGGGUGGCGGAUCGGCCGUACCUUGCAGGCCGCUCAAGUGGCGCAUGCUCUUAUGAAUUGGUCCGAGAUGUACAGUGGUUGCAAGGACGCCUGCAGGACAAGCGGCGAUGGAGCUGUCGCUCGACACGGCCUCAAAGUGACGGACGACGCUCACUAUUUGACCGUUCGCUGGCAAGCCAUCUUUCUCGGGCUCUGUGCGCCGCUGCAGUCGCUUUGCUUCUACUUGGAUGCUGGCAGAGAAUCAUCGGCAAUCGAUCGAGAGCGGCGUCGCAGAAUAGCGAUGUUGUUGCAGAUCUGGGUCAACUCGGCGUAUUGUCGAAGGGCGCUCGUCCACGCGGGCACCAUCCUGACCCUUCUCUGCGCGGCAAGAAUGGGAGGGAAGGAGGAAAGUUUGGGACCUGCGACAUCUCAUGCCGCGUUCAUGUCCCUGGUGGUCUUGGUAUCCACAAGCAUGAUUCUACGAGAGCUACGACCGUCAUUCCGAUCGACCGAAGCCACUACCGAGCACCUUCGCGAAGAACUUGUCCCAGUCAAGGAAGCCUGGCCGGCGUUACUCCGGGCGGUCGAUCGGAGUCACGAAGGCAAACUUGCCGACUCGAUGGAAGAGAGCGAUGAUGUCGGCGAGUCGACACAGAGUCAAGAAUGGCUUCGGGUCAGAUUUUGGCAUCGGAGGUUCCAGCUGAUUGGGCUCGCGGGUAUCUUUCGCGAGCACGGAGAGCAAGGAAGCGCUGCAGGCUUCACCGACUGGCGCGCUUCUGUAUCUGGUGCUGCGGGGCUGGGGUCCUCGCUCGGUCUACGUCGACUUUCGCAUUCGCUGCCGAGGUGGUCGUCCUUUGCUGGAGAAGAGCGACCACCAAAUAUCAGGCGUGCCAUGUUCGAGCGCCAUCACACAGCUGGAAAUUAUCGACGCGCUUCGCAUGCGCAAUUCCACACACCACAGCACGAUCCGGAUCGCGAUCUACUGCGUCGACAUCUCCAUACCAGCACGGCUAGCACCAUUAACGCCUCGUCCGAAACUCGUCGUUGGAUCUUGCAAGGCAAAACACAUCAUGCCACAUUUUGCGGUCUUUCGCUCUGGAAUAAUGACGGGUCGGCAGUAUCGGACGACGCCGAAGACGGUACGCUGCGUCGCGACACGUUGGCGACGUCGAAUGUCAUGGGAUGUGAAGAGCUUCGUAAGCUCGUAGACUGGGUGCGUCGAGGCAAUCCGCGGUGGUGUUUCGGUCAAGAAUAUACCGAUCUGCUUUUGGGAGCGCUGAACGAGGACCCAGCCGCUGCGGGGAUUUCUUCGUCUGCGGAGAGCAACGGUCAGGGCUGUUCUGUUUGA